AUGAACUGGACUGGUGGUCGUCUCAAUCGCCAUGCACGGUCAAACACUAACCCACAGCUCAAAGCUCAGAGGCGACACUUCGCGAAAGCCUCAUUAGAACGUCUCAAGCGUGGUCAGCGAGAGGACACAGAUUGUCUGGACGACAGUCAUAUUUCGUUGACUCGUGAUGGAAAUCCACAACCACAAUGGAAUCAGAGAAAAACAACCGUGGCGACGGGUGAAGUAGCAUCAAAGUUCUUCCCGCGGACCAGAAGGGCGGAGCCACAGGAGCAACAUCAAGCCUCGUCACCUAGUGGAAGUAAGGACGUUGCUCAUCGUACUACCCAGAAGCAAGAUUGUGCAAGCAUGAGCCAAGUACGGCCUGCCGACCGUUACGACCAGAGCCUGAGUAUACUCAAAGAACGGUUCCUGAAUACCCCAGAUUGGCUCGGCCUGUCCGCAGCGCAGCCCGUCGAGAUCCAAUUCGCGCCUGCUCACGAGAUGGCAAACAUUGGUCGGCACCGAAAGCAGAAUACUAUAUCCAAAACACCUUUUCAGCUCACUCAUAACGACUACCGUACUUCGCCUUUACUCGGAAAGCGUAAGCGUCGCUCAAGUAGCGAAGCUUUGAGUGAGCCGAAGAAGGCAAUCUGUGCUCGACGACUGUCUUCAAGCCGCGUCGACGAAUCAUCUCCUUCGAGCCCAUCCCGGCUUGCCAUAAACUUCGAUUCAAGCAUAACAUCAGGAUCUAGCACUAGCCUAUCAUUACCGAGUCUACCUCUCUAUGAUGCCGGCAGACGUUCAUACCGACUUCGACACGACCAGCAUUACCAAACAAACAAUCGAUUACUGUCUCUAGAAGAGGUAAAGCAUUUCUCGAGCUUUGACGAUAUUCAGGCGAAAUACAUUAGUUCAGGUGCAGCACACCAGCAGGAGGAUAGCCAGAAAGACCAACAGCCAUCCCAACAUGAUCGAGUAACGACCAAUGUUGCAGACACUGAGGCAGCUCUGCGCGCGGAGUUAGCGCAGGAAGAUCUUGCGUUGCCUCAAAUACCUGACCGCAGCGAAGUCUCAUUACUGCGGACAACUAGACGAGACGAAAGCAAUGACGGCAGCUUAGGAAAAACGAACAACAAUGACUCUGUGCCGGUUUCAGUCGUAUCGUGCUCAGGUGAAUAUGGUCAAGAAGGACGCAUCUCGAAUACGGCGAAAAAGCCAAUUUGGUUUUCGUCGAUAUUAUCUGGUGCAGAUGUGUCGGUCCGAGACUUUGCAACGGAAGAUACGAUUCGUUCUGCAACCACUGAACUCGAAGGAACAUCUACGAGAUCUUCUGGAUCUCGGCCAGAAACACAUAAGUAUAUCAAGCCAUGGCCGGUCCAGUUUCCAUACGUUCUCAAUACGUCCCCUCCAUUAAACUUAAUGCUUGGAAACCAUUCAACAACGCCAAAGAAACGACGCUACAAGCUUGACGAAAGCGUAGUGCCAGAUCUCAAUGCUUGUUGUGCCCAAGCCAACCAGCCAUCGAGCCUGUUUACUGGCGGCUCAGGAUCGCCAGCCAGGGUAAAUCCGGUCAUCGAGACGCCGAAGCAGAACAGAUACUCGCUUUCGCCAUAUGCUGAUUUAGUGGAUGAUGUUAUUAAAGGGAAAUACGAUCUAGGACACGUAAUGGGCUCGACUCCACGACCGCAGGCAAGAGGAAGUCUUGUCGAGUAUCCUAUGGGUCAACAAACCAAGUCUGCCAUGGCCUCACCAGGAAGUGAAAUACUCUUCAGCACUACAAGAGUACCACUUGAGGCCUCGAACAGGAUGUCUAUUAACUCAGGCACAAGAUCUCACGGCAGAAAGUAUGCUCUUCCUAAUGUGGAUCUCCCACAUACCGAGAGUGAAUUGGGCUCUCCAUACUAUCGAUUGAUUCGUACACCUCUUCGAAAUCUUCGAUACUCAGAGUCGAUCUCGCCAUAA